AUGAUAAUUUCGCAGCGACAUGUGCUGCCAUCACAAGUGGGCCACAUCAAGUGCGAGAAGAACUUCGAGCUGUGCGAGGGCUGUGGCCAGAAGAUCCACGACCGCUUCCUGAUGAACGUGGGCGAGGCCAACUGGCAUGAGCAGUGCCUGGCCUGCUGCUACUGCGGCAUGCAGCUGCACCACACCUGCUACGUCCGGAACUCGAAGCUCUACUGCAAGAUGGACUAUGACCGGCUGUUUGGGGUCAAGUGCGCCUCCUGCUGCCACGCCAUCCUGCCGCAGGAGCUGGUGAUGCGUCCGAUUCCCAAUUUCGUCUUCCACCUGCCCUGCUUCGUGUGCUACGCCUGCCGCCUGCCGCUGCAAAAGGGCGAGCAGUUCCUGCUGCGCGACGGCCAGCUCUUCUGCUAUCGCCACGACCUCGAGAAGGAGAUGUUCCUGGCGGCGGCAGCGGCCCAGCACUGCGGCUUCGUCGGCCUGGAUGAGGAGGAUCUGCUGAGACCACGGGAUGGGCGGCGGGGUCCCAAGCGGCCGCGCACCAUCCUCACCUCGCAGCAGCGCAAACAAUUCAAGGCCUCCUUCGACCAGUCGCCCAAGCCCUGCCGCAAGGUGCGCGAAGCUCUGGCCAAGGACACGGGUCUGUCGGUGCGCGUGGUGCAGGUGUGGUUCCAGAACCAGCGGGCCAAGAUGAAGAAGAUCCAGCGCAAGGCCAAGCAGAACGGCGGCUCCUCCGGCGGCGGCUCUGGCGGCCGUGGCACCGGCAACUCCAGUGCCACCGAUGACAAGGAGUCAAACGAAAAGGAGGACAAGUGCGUCAAACAGGAACUGGGCGGCGACAGCUCGGGAUAUCUGGGAGGCUUGGAUAGCAACUUUGCCAGCCAGCCGCUGAAUCCCAACUUGCCAUUCUCACCGGACGAUUAUCCGGCCAACUCAAACGAUAGUUUCUGCAGCUCGGACCUCUCGCUGGACGGGAGCAACUUCGACCAGCUGGACGAUGACGCGGACUCGCUGUCGCUGAACAACCUGGAGCUGCAGUCAACCAGCUCCUCCGGCAACCAGCACUCGCACUCGCAUUCGAAUCCCCACGACAUGCUGGCCAACCUAAACAACAGCCUGAUCAAUCCCAUCGACAAGCUGUAUCUCAUGCAGAACUCGUACUUCAGCUCGGAGCACUAGGCGUGGCGCUGGACGGGAUUGGAACGAUGGCAGACCUGGGUCGAGGCGUAGCGACGAAUUUAUUAGCGUUAGAGUAGCAGGCUCCGAUCGGCAGCUGUCACUUUACGUAGCUCGGCGGCGGCGUGUCAUUAAGUUGGAUACAACAUAGAAGAUAGAAUACACAAGAUACAAGAUACAUGAAAUGUGAUUUUUUUAAGCUAAUUGAAAUUUUAAGAUUCUUGGCAAUGAAAGGGCGUGGCAAAACAUUUUGUUGUUAGUCUAGACUCUAGAGAGCCCACAUUGCCCUUAGUGGUAAAGCGCUCAAUGUGCCCCUUUGUUUGUAAAUAGAUUUAGUCCCCGAAAAAAUUGUUAUUAAAUGUAAUUUAAAGUCAAUAAUUGUAUUAGCAAGUGCAAUUUAAUCUGUUCCCCCAAAAAAUAUACAUCUUAACCUAA